CUUUUCAUCUUCGAGCGAGAGAGCAGGAUCAUCCAUUUGGAGCAAUCAGGGACCUUGGUCCAACCCUCCGCUGGUCAGAGAAACCCGGGGGCCAGAACGUCGAAGGGAUCGGCCCCGGCUCCCGCUUCCACGGCCCCUCUGCGGCCCGAGCCAGGGGACCGUCUUGUUCGUCGCUGAUUGUGGCCUGGGCUUGAGAAGCAUUGCUAGAGAAAUGUGUGGCCGAACAUCCUGCCACUUACCUGGAGAGACUGUGAGGAGGGCGUGUAGGUACAUUGACAGCGAUGGGCAGGAACAGCUGCCAGAUUGGAAGGAUGAACAUAAGUACUUCCCCUCCUACAACAAGAGUCCCCAGUCCAACAGCCCAGUGCUCUUAUCUCGAUUACAUUUUGAAAAGGAUGCUGACCCUUGUGAUCGGGUAAUUGCUGCAAUGCGCUGGGGCUUGAUCCCGUCUUGGUUCAGAGAGGCUGAUGCUUCAAAGAUCCAGUUCAAUACUAGCAACUGUCGAAGUGAAACCAUGAUGGAGAGACGGUCAUAUAAGGUGCCCCUGGAAAAGGGCAGGCGAUGUGUGGUGUUGGCAGAUGGGUUUUUUGAGUGGCAGCAGUUUCGGGGGGAAAAGCAGCCUUAUUUCAUCUACUUCCCCCAAAUCAAGACAGAAAAGUCAUUCUUCAGCCGUUCAGUAGAAGAGGAAGUCUGGGAUGACUGGAGGCUGCUAACAAUGGCUGGAAUCUUUGACCGCUGGGAUCCCCCAAAUGGAGGAGAGCCGCUAUACUCUUACACUGUCAUCACAGUGGACUCCUGCAAGGCCUUAAGUGACAUUCAUCACAGGAUGCCCGCUUUACUGGAUGGUGAGGAAGCGAUUGCUAAAUGGCUGGAUUUUGGUGAGGUCCCAAUUCAGGAAGCUCUGAAGGUGAUUCGUCCUGUAGAGAACAUUACGUUCCAUCCAGUUUCUACAGUUGUGAACAACUCCCUGAACAAUACACCCCAGUGUCUCGAACCUGUUGAGAUCGAGGAGAUGCCCUAUGUUAGUCCUAGCCGCCGGAAGAUGACACCACAGUCCCCCCCAAAGGAAGACCCUGAUCCUCCCAAGAGGUCCAGACAGCAUGUACAGAAGAGUUCUUCCAAGAGGGGCAGUGCAGAGUUAAUGGAACGGUGGCUGAAAAAGCAUGAGGCUCGCCAUAACAAGAGGCCCAAGAUUUAGUAAAAUAAAUGUAGGGAGACUGUCUCUGUUGGCACGUAAGGGUGGAUGAGAUAUCCUCUUUAAGCUCCCCUGAUUCCUAACUCUUCCCUAUCAAGGUUUCUCCUCCAGGGGGUCCCAAUUUUCAGCUUUCGUGCCCACCACUUCUUCCUCUAUAGUCCAGGUGCUAAUAGCGGCCAUACUGGGCUAGGAGGAGCUUUUCUUUCUCUCAUUGGUAUUCUUGCUCCCACAACUGCAAUUUAUGUGUAUGUUAUUUUUUUAUUUACAAAGCCAGGGUAGGAAAAAGACUAUUGAACCCAAAUUUAGUUCUUGAAUUGUCUUAAAUUUUGUUAUAGUGAAUGCCUAAUGUCUCUUUAAUAAGGCCACUGUACUUGAAAUUUUCUCCUAUUUUUCAUUCUUUGGGUUUCAUGUUCAGCUCUUUUCUUCAAGUUGUUUAUGUGAAUUUGACAAAAUGACUGGCACAAUGAGGUCAUGAAUAGUAGGCUAUCACAGUUGUGCAGUCAGUGAUGAGAGGAGCCCAGUUUGGGUUUUACAUAAAAAUCUGUAUCUCAGGAACGUGCAGUAAGCUUUGCCAGGUGUGGACUGGUAGAAUUAGAGGACCAGAACGUUUGUGUUUGUCUCUGAGGCUUUAAGAUGCUUUCUCUGGGCCCACCAGGCUCAGAAAAACUGUCUGCUGGUUCAGUGGGGCAGGGUUCAAGGGUGAAGGGUAAUUCCCAAAGAGCCGGGUUCACAGAAGAGGGGCAUAGCUUAUGAUCUUCUCUCCUGAGACUAGGGUCACCUAGGGUUAGGACUCUGACGGAGGUAAUUUGACCAUUUAAAAUGAGUUUAUCCAGCUUUUUGUGAAAUGUUUCUUUGAUCUUUGGAGUGUUGUGGUUUGGUCUUUUGAUGAUGGAUUUUUACAGUUUUGAGUAUGGUGUUGGAAGGGGAGUUGUGAAGGAGGGUUGGGGUGGCGCUUGUUUUCAUGUUGGUGGUGUCCCAUUCAGCUUCCAAACGAUUACACGUUGAAAGGGCUGAGGAUUCGCUGUGGCUGGGUGGCACUGUUCAGUUUCUGUAUGGAAAUCAUCAAUUUGGAAAUAAAAAGAAACUCUUGGUGGCUCCUUG